AUGCGAGCGCCGUCACUCAGGACGGUGCAAUGGCUGCUUCUCAGCGACCUCCACUUCAAGCAUCAUGACUUGGAUCGGGUGCGGCAGACGGCGCAGUGGAUCGUUGCGGAGGCGGAGCGAAACCACGUCGGGCGGGCGGUGGUGUGCGGCGACCUGCUGACGAGCCGAACGAUGCAGCCGACGCAUGUGCUGUCUGCGUGUUACCGCUUCAUCAGUCUCCUCAGCGACAUCGUGCCGCGUGUUCAUAUCGUGCUCGGCAACCAUGACCUCGCCUACCGUCGCGACUACCAGACCACGGCCCUUGACGCCCUCAAUAUCAAACGCCUGGCGCCGUACGUGUCGCUGCAUAGCGUCGUCGCUCACCACGAAUGGGACGGCCGACGCGUCUUGCUGCUGCCGUUUCGCGAGGAGCAGAACGAGCUGACGGGGGCCGUGGCUGCUCUAGGCCCCAGCGAGGCGAGCAAGACAGUUGCCUUUGCCCAUCUCGCAAUCAACAAGGCUAUCACACAGCGGCAUGUAGUCGGUGCCGGCGUCGACAAUCCUCGCGCUGCGAACUCUAUUACGCACCGUGGCUUGACGGGCCCGAAUCGUUUUGCCUCUCUGGCCCGAACGUUCACGGGGCAUUUCCACAGCCACCAGACCAUCACCCAGGAACAAUCCGGCAGCAAGGUCGAUUUACAAGGGAGCGUCACAUACCUGGGCUCGCCCUUGCAGCUAAACUGGGCCGACCUCUACGACGAGCAGCGGGGCGUCGUUUUGUUCGAUCCAGAGACACUCGAGCACGAACUACUCAUCAACCCGCAUGCGGUCGGCUACAUAACAGCUGACCUGCAGCAAGUUCUCAGCGGCCAGGUCGACGAGGGUGCCAUGACAGACAAGCAUGUCAUGCUCAUCGGCAAGCUUACCCAUCUCAAGUAUGUCACGGCUCGUGACAAGCUUCUCUCGCUGGGCGUGCGGAGCGUGCGGAGCUGGACUCCUAUGGGCCUUGCUUUGCACGCCGACCGAUCUUCAUUCGGCGGUCUCGGCGCGUCGGUGCCGGCGAGUGAUGCCGCUGUCCAGCCCUUGGAGGAGUCCACCAGGGAUGAGACGGAUCUAGCCAUAACCACCGACGGUGUUUCGGGCUCUGACCCUGGCUCCGAACCUCGGGUUGAAAGACUCGACCUCGCCGCAGAGGCUCGCGAAUAUGUCGAGUCGCUGGAUCUGGACGAGUCUCUUCUCUUGCGACGGGACGAGUUAGUGCGGGUUGGCCAACGCAUGAUCCAAGUCUCCCGCGAGAUCGCUGACCAGGAUGGCGAGGACAAGGUUAACUAUCAAGACUUCCUCGAUAGGUCAUCUCAAGUUGUCGGCACAAGAACCGCCACUGAGCUGGCAGGGCCUUCUACCCACGUCUUCGUCGCCGAGCCGCGCACGCUUAUAAUCACUAACUUCCUCGGCGUACAGAACACCAUCAACAUCGACUUCCGAUAA